AUGUGGUCGUCAAUAUUCAAGUAUGCUGCUGGCUCACUAGUUCGUGAAUCUCCAAGUUUAAGUAGUUCAAUGAUGAACAUGCAAAAGACCAUCAUUACAAGAAAUAAUGGAUUAAAUAGUAUACUGACAUCCAGCACUAGUGGUAGUAGUCUAUUAAAUAGCGGGGUACAAAACGUACAGACAUUACAACCUAUGUGGAAUCCGUUAGGGAUGUUAUCACAACGUAGGUUUAAAAGUAGGGGUAAUACUUACCAACCUAGUACAUUAAAGAGGAAAAGGAAAUUUGGAUUUUUCGCUAGAGCUAAAGAUAAAUUAAAAUCAAAGAUUUUAAAGAAUAGAAGAGAUAAGGGUAGAUGGUAUUUGACACAUUAA